UUUGUUGCCAUAGUUACCAGGGCUCGCGCUGAAACAUUCCUUAGGUCACCCUUGUCUUGAUUGGUUCUCGAACAGUUGCGAUUAUUUAUUAUUUUAUUUAUUAUUUCUAAAGUGUUUCUGCUGUCGCCUGAGACGUUUUUGUCUAUACCAGGGGUCUUAUCUCGGUUUGACACGAGUUAUUUUAUUGUUUUUUUGUAGUUAAUUUGAGGUCUUUUCUCACUGUUAGCUGAUAGCACGAUGCUAAGUUCCAGCCUCAGUACAAACAGCAGAGGGGAAAGUCAAACGCAGAUGUGUGUUGGUUUAUCUGGACGACAGCGCAGACAGACCGGACACACUAAUCGCUGUCAGUUGGCUCCGCCCCUACCUGGUGAUCUGCUGGGCCAGUCCCAGUUAGAGAGGGCGACCAAGUCAGGGAUCUAUGACUACACACCUCACAGAUCUACAAAGUCAGUGGACACACUCCAGCAGUGGCGUGACGACUCUGAGAGCCAGCAGCCUCCUCCUCCUCCUAACGCCGUCACAACCGCCGGACUCCGUGCAUCAGAGAACAUCCAGCUGUUACACACAUCUGCAAAUCCUGAACUUGACUUCUAUGUUGUCUCUCAGCAAGUGGUUCAGAACGCUAGGCCAGACGCAGUGCUGGAUUGUUUCGGGAGCAUCUGGGAGCUGCACUGUCCGUACCUGUGUGAAUCAGAGACACUCGCUGAACUCUACAGAAAAUCCGAGAAGCAAAGGCACACACUGCUCCAGGAAAAAGCCGAGAGCAGUGUAAAAGAGAAGUUUGUGUCUCGAGGAGGGAGAGAGAUAAGACUUAGGCAGGACGGAGGAAUGGCAACGAGUCGAGGCAGAUUCAUACGUCCCAUCCUGCUCCAGCUGAACAUAAAGGAUCUGUCCAUCACAAAAGAUUCUCUUUCGUUUGCCCUGAGGUCUAUGUACAGGUGUGAUGAGAGUCCUGAUCAGUGGAGCGAGGCCGUGCUGUGCACCGCAACCAUGCUGCGUCUGCCACAGCUAAAACAGCGGUGUCUGAAAGAGAUGAUAUCCAGCGUCAGCUUUUCAACAGCGUGUGACUUUCACCGAGUUUCCUGUAAGUACAAGCACACGAGUCUUCAGCAGGCGUGCGAGAGAUGGCUGGAGCUGUUUCUCGUAACUGAUCUGUCACAUCGCAUCCAACUCAGGGACUUGACGUUUGAGCUCUUGCACAAAACCCUGCAGAGCCCCAGACUGUUCACGAGCAACGAAUACGAGCUUCUCAGGACUGUGCUGUACUGGAUCUACCUGCAGUUUAACCCCCAAGAGCACAUACUGCCUUCUCACACCACCAUCAUCAGCUUCUUCUGCAGGGCUUCUGGGGCUUUCCUGGAGCAGCCUUUGGGCCUUAAGUAUACUCCUCUUUUCCAGGCUCUUCGUCUACAUGGUAUCACAGAGCGAGAGCACAUGGAGGAGAUGCAGAAGAUCAACGUGUUCCCUCACUCCUGGCUCCAUUUCACCUUCUCUAACCUCAUCUACUCUAUCCACAGUGGAGGCAACAUGCAUAUCACCAACUUUUCCAAGCAGGCCGUACGCUUCGGAAUGAUUGUCAACGAGGAACAUUGCACACACACAUUCGGUCUUUACGGCUUCUACUUCCUGCUCAGAGCUUCCCGGGUUGGAGAAUCGGAUGCAUAUGCAUUCACCAUGGAGAGGUUAAGACAUUGGGACCCUGCACUAGCUGAGAGCUGGAGGACAACGCAGCCAUUUAGCAUGAGACCGGAACGCUGCGUGUGCUAUAAGAUCAGCGUGCAAAGCCGUGCAUUUGGAGAAUGGCAGGAAAGGAGCAGCGGAGAACUCAAUCAAGUGUUUGGCUUGAGUAAACGCUGCUGUAGGAGCAAGGUGUUUACAGUCGACAGACUUUGUGUGCCUGCUAUGGUGACGCUUUCCCUCGCCUUCCCAUCGGCAUAAAUUAUUAACAAUAAUAUGGAUGUUGUAAUCAGGAGUCCUCACUUCAUUUACCUGUGCUUACAUGAUACAUGCAGGAAUAAAACACUCAGUGUCCUGCCGUUACAGGAAAGCACUCAGCACUGUGGUGUGAUGAUGCAGAGAUACCACACUGAAGUUGAUUUCUUUCCUAUAACAGCACAUGCCCAAGUGUUUUACUCCUGAUACAUCUUAGCAAUGUGCCAACAAUUCAAUUUAUUAUUAAAGAAUAAAAAAUGUAAAAAAAAA